AUGGAGUCAACAUAUCUUCGAAAGUGCCUUGGGACGUGUCUAACUCAAGGACUUGCAGAGGUGGCAAGAGUUCGCCCAGUGGAUCCAAUAGAAUAUUUAGCAUUGUGGAUUUACAAGUAUAAGGAAAAUGUGACCGUGCAAGAACUGCAACAAAAGGAAAUGGCCGAGUUGGAGCGUGAAAGAGAAUUAGCUCUGAUGGAGCAAGAAAUGAUGGAGAGGCCCAGAGAAAAGGAGAUCUUGUUCCAGCAGGAACAGCUGGCGCUCCAGCUGGAGGCGGAAAUGCAAGAAAAAGAGAAACAGAGAAUAGAAGAAUUACAAAGAGCUCAAGAACAAUUAAAGAAGCAGAUGAGAAUGAAUAUAGAAAAUAUAGCUAAGAGUGAAGAUACUUUACAUUCAGAGGAAUCAUCAGUAGAUUCAGGCAAAACACUAGCUGAAAUUAGUGAUAGGUAUGGAGCGCCUAACUUGAGCAGAGUGGAAGAACUUGAUGAACCAAUGUUAUCUGAUGUUGCAUUAAACAUUGAUCAAGAUUUGUAG